AUGAAGUGGUUUAUCUGUGUUCUGCAUAGUGUUCUUCAUAUUAGAAUUGAAUCAGCAGCAAUGCAGGAGACGAUAUUCACAACUUUUUGUGGCGAAGAUGUGUCUGUUUUUUCUGAAAUGAACCAGACAGUACAGGUCAACUCCGCUAUAGAAUGUGCAAGAAAUUGUAUACAUAUGGCGCCAUCUAUCGGCGGUAUUUGCGAGGCAAUUAAUAUAUGUUAUGAGAACUCGGAUUCUAUUUGUGAACUACUUUUUACACCAGUGCAUGGAAUUGAUAUAGUGUAUGCAGUGCCCAGACACGGAUGUGUGUUUUAUGGUCGAAAGAAUGGGAACAUUACGUGCUUAAAUGAUUUGGAUAUUGCAAAUGGGAGCAGUUUGUCUCCGUGCUCUUCUGACGGAAUAACGGACAAUACUUUACAUGAAAAUUCUGUUGAUCCAAGUGGUAGUUCUUCACAAGGAACGACAGACCGAACUACACAUGGAAACUCUGUGAAUACAAGUGGUAGUUCUUCACACGGAACGACACCUCAAAAUCAAAAUGAAAACGCUAUGAUGUGGCCAAAAGGAAUGUUCACAUUGCUGCAGCCCACUACCGGCUGUCCUAAUGGGUGGUCCACAGGAUUGAUCCAAUUCGAAAUGCAAACCAACGGGACUAGCUAUCACGCUAGCAAUUACCUGAAAGGCACCGUGAACAACAAUCUGGUACAGUGGCACUUCUGUACAAAGACAUCCCAGGACGGAUUAGAGGAUUGGCCAGAAGGAGCGUAUUGUAUACUACGGCACGGCGGUACUUGUCCGACCUACUUUAUAUCUGGAGUAGUUGCUUUUGACGAGGAAGACGAUGGAAAUAUCAACAACAGAUUACAUGAUGGUUCACUUCCGGAUAUAGAUAGCAGAUUCGAUGAUACCGCUCUUCUAUUUUGUUGCAGGAAUGACGGUUCUGCAAGUUCAACGAACGUGACACUCCCGAUUUCUGACCCUUUUUAUUUGUUUCCUUACUACAACGGUGAUUGUCCAGUUGUCCCUGGUAUGAACAUCGUCGAAGAAUUCACCUAUUUUGAUUGCGAAAAUACUCAAAACAUAAACUUCGUCGCAGGUGCGACGCCACUCGAUGUAAUAGCGUCAAACCAUAAGAUUAAUUACUGUUAUUACUACCAAUAG